GAGGCCUCUUUGCCGAUGGAGAUGUGCUCCACAUUCGAUCACGAAGAAAUAAAGAGAUUGGGAAAACGCUUCCGCAAGCUCGACCUCGACAACAGCGGGAGUCUGAGCAUCGAUGAAUUCAUGUCCCUGCCUGAGCUCCAGCAGAACCCCCUCGUUCAAAGGGUUAUAGAUAUUUUUGAUACCGACCGCAACGGGGAAAUCUGCUUCAAGGAGUUCAUCCAGGGAGUGAGCCAAUUCAGCGUCAAGGGCGACAAGGAGAGCAAGUUGCGUUUCGCGUUUCGUAUCUAUGACAUCGACAACGACGGUUUCAUCUCGAACGGGGAGCUUUUCCAGGUGCUUAAAAUGAUGGUCGGAAACAACCUGAAAGAGGCCCAGCUGCAACAGAUUGUCGACAAAACGAUUCUAUUCGCCGAUAAAGAUAACGACGGAAUGAUUUCUUUCGACGAGUUCUGCCAAAUGGUGGGCAACACGGAUAUCCAUAAGAAGAUGGUGGUGGAUGUUUAA